CAAACUAGAACUGUGGUAAAUUCUCUGGAUUAUGACACUGGUUAAUCAAGCCCAUUCAUUGAAAAAAGGAAAUUAAGUCUUUCACAACAAAACAGCAGAGCAAGAGGUAUUAGCAAAUGUAGGGAUUAUUCAAGGAACAAGGAAGGCUAACCUUGACAUUCCUGACCUCUCCACUGGCUGUCUAAUUUAAUAAGUAGAUUUUCUACUUAGUUUUUUUUCUCUCCUCUACUUGAGAACAUGUUUUAUGUUUUAGACACAAGCGCUUUUGUUGGCUGGUGAACAGCAACAACAGGGAAACAAGGCAAAAAAGCAAAGAAAAGAGAAGGAAAAAAACAGAGAAAAUGUCAAAGCCUCAGAUGUUUUCAAACCCACUGUCCAGCCUCUUCUGGAUUCUCUUUUUUGCGGUCCUCCCUGGCCACGGCAGCAAGAUCCUGGUGUUCCCCGUGGAUGGCAGCCACUGGGUGAACAUGGAGGUGCUCGUCAAGCAACUGCACGCGCGCGGCCACCAGAUGACCGUGUUCCGCUCGCCGGAGAGCUGGUUCAUCAAGGAGCACUCGCCCCACUACACCUCCAUUACCGUCCGUCUGCCCGAGGACAAGGAGAUCGGCAUGGACCUGUUUGAGCUGUCCGCUCAGAGGAUCCUGGAGGGGAGGCUGCAGGGAACGCUGAUGGGCUCCCUGGUGCAGGUGACCGAGCUGAUGAGCAUCCUGCACGUGGCCCACAAGGCCACCUGUGCCACUGUGUCCAUCAUCCUGGAGGACCGGCGGCUCUUGCAGGAGCUGAAGGCGGCAAAGUUUGACCUGAUGCUGACGGACCCUGCCAUGCCCGCAGGGGUCAUCCUCGGACACUACCUCCGCCUGCCCAUGGUGUACAACAUGCGCUGGAUGAGCUUCGGGGAAGGGCACUUCUCCAUCGCCCCGUCGCCGGUGUCUUAUGUCCCCGUGCCCGGGUCGGGGCUCAGCGACCACAUGGGUUUCGUCCACAGGGCCCUGAACAUGUUCCACUACGCCCUGAACCUCAUGCAGGAACGCUGGCUUGUCGUGCCCAUCUACAGAGAGCUGAUUGAGAAGCACUUCCCCCCCGGCAGUGACCUCCUCAGCAUGCAGCUCACGGCCGACGUGUGGCUGAUGAGGGUAGAUUUCGUGUUUGAGUUCCCCCGACCCUCCAUGCCUAAUCUGGUCUACAUCGGAGGCUUCCAGUGCCGUCCUGCCAAGCCGCUACCGGGAGACCUGGAAGCAUUUGUUCAGAGCUCGGGGCAGCAUGGGGUCAUAGUCAUGUCCCUCGGCACGCUGAUCAGUGCCCUGCCCAGGGAGAUCACAGAGGUCAUCGCAUCUGCCUUCGCCCGUCUGCCGCAGAAGGUGAUCUGGAGGUUCGCAGGCGCAAAGCCUCGUUCGCUGGGGAACAACACUCUGCUGCUGAAGUGGCUCCCCCAGAACGAUCUGCUGGGUCACCCCAAGACCCGAGCAUUCGUCGCUCAUGGAGGCACCAACGGCCUUUACGAGGCCCUCUACCACGGCGUCCCCGUGCUCGGUGUGCCGCUCCUCUUCGACCAGACGGACAACCUGGUGCGUCUGCAAGCCCGAGGGGCGGCGCGGAUGCUGGACAUGGCCACACUCACCACGGAGAUGUUCCUGGAGGCUGUGAAGGACGUCCUCGUCAACCCCACUUACCGCAUCAACAUGCAGAAGCUCUCCAGUCUGCACCGCGAUCGGCCCAGCCAUCCUUUGGACAGAGCCAUCUUCUGGAUUGAGUAUGUGCUCCGGAACAAAGGAGCCCCACACCUACGCUCGGAGGCCAGCAGCCUGCCUUGGUACUCCUACUACACGUUGGAUGUGUUUGCCCUCCUGCUGGGUGUGCCUUUAGGGCUUCUGUGCAUCUGUGUCCUUCUGAUUCGAGCCGCGGUGCUCCGGAAAGCCAAGGGAUCAGCGCAGCCACAACAGUCCAAAGAGGUGUUUCAGGUCAAUGCCAAAGUGACAUUCAAAGCAAACUCCAAGGAAGUGCUUCAAACUAAAUCUAAGAAGUUUCUGCAAACAAAUUCUAAAGAGAGCGCAAAAUCAAAAUCAGCGAGGAAGAAAGUAGAGUGAUUGCAGAGUGAAAGAAAUUCUUUAUGCGUUCAUCCUUUUUAAGGUUUAAUUUAGUUCAGUGAUGCAGGUAAGAACAAUCACUAUUGCAUAAACACCACUAAACAUUAAAGAAAUUAUUGCUGUAUACAUUUAAAAGCUGUAAAAAAUGCUCUAGUCGUACAAAGUACUGUUUUAGGUUUAGCAUGGUUUAAGGACUGAGGUAACUGAGCUAAAUGACUGAGUAUUUUUGUUAUGCACGAUAAGUCUAUUUAUUAAAAAACAAGGAUGGUCAGUAAACAGUAGGUUUAUGCAGACAGUUGUAAUGUCUUCUCACCCAUGUGUAAAACAUGAUUGUAACUUUCAUCCAGAUCCAGUUGGUUAUAUAUGGUCUAAGACAGUUAUUGAGAUAUGUCAUUUUCCAGCAAAUCAAAUAUUUUGUACCACAUCUGGUGACCUGAAAUAUUUUAUCAAAUGCCUGGAAUAAAACAACAAGCUAAACAAA